UUGUCGUGUGUCUCUACUCAUUUUUCUUGGGGUUGGUUGGUUUUUAGAGGCGCAAGAGCUCCGCCCCCAUUUUUUCGGUGCCUGUAGAGUUAUAUUUUUUCCAGCCAGCCACAAUUUUUCGGCGAUGAGCAAAAGAAGGAGCCAUAUAUUUUUGUAUCUAGUUUGGUUUUCGACUAUCAGUUUAUUGGCAGGUUUGUGUGUUGUUUUGGGUUGGGGUUUUUGGGUUACUGUAUGGGAGCAUUUUUUUAAUUUUAGAAAGUUUUCUGUUUCUAUAAUUUUACCAAAAACAUUUAGUAUUUAAAAAAAUAUGUACCACUUUUGGAGCAAUGAAUUUUUUGAAAUAAGCAUUUUUCCCCAAGAAAAUUCACUGUUUCAAAAAUAUUUUUUAUUGAAAACCUACUUUAAGUUUCAAUUUUUCGACAUUUUAUCUAAUUCUUUUUAUUUCAACAUAAAUUCAUCAAUUGAAACAGUAGUUUUUAUCUGAAACAAGUAUUAUUUUUAAAACAGUAGAUUUUUUUCAAUAUUUUUUUUACUUUAAAAUUUACUGUAUAUAUGUAAAAACCUACUUUAUACUGAAACACAAUAUUUUAUCCCAAAAUAAAAAAUUCAACUGUUUCAAAAUUCUUUGAUUUAUCAAACCCUCCGAUCUUUCAUUGUUUUUCUUUGCAAGAUUUUUCUUACCGAUUGAUAGUUCCAGAUUUUUGUCUGAAACUGGAACGGAAAUCAACUUUUUUCCGUCGAAUUUCUCGUUUUUUUCUAUCACCUGUCUUUAUAUUGUUUCAAAUGAUAUCAAUCAUAAAAUAUCGAAAUUGCGCAAGAAGCGAAGAAAAAGCGAUAAUAAAAGUCGUGUUUAGAACAAGUGGUUUUUAUUUUUACAAGGUGUUAGGACAGAUUUUUAUAAUUUUUUUUGGAAACCAAAAGAAAUCUCUGAUUUGAGGGAAAGUAAGAUGAUAUGGUCCAUUAAAUUAUGAGUAAAAAGUAGGAGAAAACUUGAUUUUUUUGGAAGAAAAAAAUGAAUAAAUCUUUAUGGGAUGUGGGGGAUUUUUUAGGGGGAAAAAUUAGAUUAGGAAAAAUGGCCAAAAAAUCUGUAAAUCCCAAAAACUGAAAUUUGUGUUCCAGAAUUAUUUAAUACAGUAAUAUCUGAAGAAAAAUUCCAAAAUGUUCUGAAAUAUGUGGAUUAUAAUUUUUGAUUUAUUAAAAAGGUAGAUUUUCUGUAGCCUAGGAUUUUUGUUCCUGAGCAUUUAGAUAUCAAAAGAGCAUGAAAUUAGCCCUUUCAAUUUGAAAAUCAAAAAUUUUAUAUGUUGAAACAGUAGAUAUUUGGUUCAAAAAUUCCUGAAAAUUGCCAACCCCGUGCAAUUUUUCAGCUAAAUAUUUUAACUUUGAUUUUUAUUCAAAUUUCUCUCGCUGCCAACAUAAAAUCUUCCCCUGUCACUUUCACCGCCAAAAAAUGUUUGAAACAUCUUUUAAUUGCUACCAGAUUGAGAAUGACAGAAACCUAUACCAGUUUCAUCUCCAAAAAAUCAAUAAUCUGGAUCAUUUUCGAAAUUGUUGCGCAAGCAAAUCGUUUCUUGGCAGACAGCAAAAAGAUAAGCCAAGAUUGCGGAAAGAAAAUCUUGUAUGAGACAGCAGAUAUUCGGGGGAGAAGAAAAAUAUUAUUUAUGUAUUUUUUUGGGUUGGGUUUUGUGGUUGGAUUGAUACGGGAUUGAUUAUAUAUGUUACAUAAUAAUAAUAAGAUCAAGGGAUUUAGAAGCAAUAAUCAAUAGUUCCAAGAAAACGAAAAAAUUUGGCGGAAAUCCAGAUCUUGCAUCUUACACUUUUUGAUUUAUGGGACAUUUAUUGUAGUAAUCUGGAACUUUUGCUUUGGGUAAAAGACAUUAUUGGGGUUGAAAUAAGGAUGAGAGUUUUAGAGGAUCAUUGAAACAGUGAUAAUAAUUUAUGGAAAUGAGUUUGUAUUGGUUAGAAAUAGUUCACGUGGAGUAUCAUUUUUUUUGAAAAUUCGAAAAAAUCAAGAACAAUUUUCUGUAAUCAAAAAUCAUGUUGAAUUUAAUUUUGAAACAGUGAUUUUUUUAUAUCUUCUCUAAAUUUUUUCUCCUAACUUCACCUUAUGAAUUUUUAAAAUGUUUCAAAGUUGUUUAAUCAUAUUUUGAAACAGUAAAAUUCCUACAGUUUUUAAUUCGAAAUUCGGCCUAAAAAAAUUGAAAAUCUUUUUUAAUUUUUUAAUGGAAACUUGAGAUUUUUGACAACCCGUAGAAAUUAUGAACAAUUUUCAAAAUUCACAAAUUAUCUUGUUUUAUUUUUGAAACAGUGAACUGUUUGUGAACAUAUUUUUUGUUAAAUGUUUUUUGAGCAAAUCGAAAUUUUUCUCAAUAAAUAAUUUUAUUUUUGAAACAGUGCAUUUUUCAAAAUUUUUGGAUGAUCGAGAAAUCAAAUUAUGUACCGAUUUGAUAAAUCUACAAAACGAUUUUCUACUAACUUGUUUUAUCACAUAUUAUUUCUGAAACAGUGAAAUUUUUAAAAAUAUUUUUUUUUAUAACUGACAGCAAAGUAAUAUUUCGAAAAUUUUCUUCAUUCAAUUUUGGAACAGUAAAUUUUUGAGAGCGAUUUUUUUUUAAUUCAACUUCGAUUCCAAGAAGCAAUAUUUUGCUGAUUUUACAAAAACUUAUAUAUAUUAUUUUUGAAACAGUGAAUUUUUUAUAGAUCAAAUCUUCCCAAACAUUUUCCAUAUUUCACCAACCAAAAACCAUUCAACCAAAAAAAAACAUUUUGUGUCCACGAAAAAAACCAUUUUCUCAAAAAGUAAAACCCAAAAAACCUGCUCAUUUUCUCGUCUGCGUCUCUCAUUCCCAUAUACUAUUUCAUACGUUUGAAACAUUAUAAUUAGAUCAAUUCACUAGAUAAUUAUUGUUUUUUAACUGUCCAUUGUUGUUCAACCCGAGAGAAAUUCGAAAUUUCAGGGAAAAAGUUUUUAAUGGGGUCAGGUUAGAAGUUUUUCAAAAUUUUUCAGAAUAAUAUUAUUUUUGGAAUCAGGAACAUGAAAAAAUAGAACACAAAAUGACCUAACCUACUUAUAAAAAUUUAAUCCUAUUGUUGUAACUAACUUCCAAGGUUAUUUUUUGUAACCUAAAAGAAUGACACUUGACUUUUUCGAGUGCUUCUUUGAAAAUUGAACCAGGGAAACAACUUAACAUAACUCAAAAAUUUGCAGAUUUUCGAAUAGAUGCUCAAACUCUAAGUCCUCCCAUUACUGAUCGAUUCAAAUGUUUAACAAAUGGAUGUUGUGAUCAUCAUGAAUGGUGUCGAUUUUGGGCAAGUAUUGGAGAAUGUAAUGUGAGUAUUUAUAAUCUACUAUCCAGAACAUAUCUGAAAUUUUUAGGCCAACAAAGAUUGGAUGUCUGAAAAUUGUCAGCUGGCAUGUGGAACUUGUCUAGCACCACCAGUUCCACUUUUGACAACAACUCGUAAGUUUUUUUUGAUUUUUGAUUUUGAUUUUGAAAAUGUGUCACACACUCCUGUUUUUUGAUAACUUCCGUGUAUUUGAUACCAAAAUUACGAAGGUCGAAAAAACAAUUUAUUUCAAAUGGUAGUCAAAAGAUUAUAGUUUUGAAAUAAAUAGAUGUGUGCGAGAGAGGUGAUCUUUAGGAAAACAGAACCAGAUCACAAAAAUGUUUUCUUUCAACUAUUCUUGAAACAGUAAAUUUUUGAGAACUCAUUGAACUUUUCGCCUGGAACUUUUUCGAAAUGUCAUGAGGUUCAUACGAAAAAUCAUAUUUUAUUUUUUGAAACAGUUCAAUUUUCCAAUGAACAAUUUUUUUUAUAUUAUCCAGAUUUUUUAAAUCAAAUUUGAUUUUAGAAUGAAAUAAAAAUAAAUCAAAAAAAAAUUUUGAUCAAGAAAUUUCACUUUUUCUAAAAAAUUCUAAAUUUCGAAAUAAAAAUGAAAUUUUUUUAAAACAUUUCUAAAUUGCCACGUCAUAGCUCACGUUUCUAUAAACCAAAAAAACCCUCAUUUUUCCAGCUUCUGGUCCAACAACAACUGUAACAAUUCCACAAUCAAAACUCUCGCCAGUUUCAACUUGUCAAGCAGUCAAAGAACAAAUAAAAAGUGCUUCAGAAUUAAUGGCUAUUUCAAGAUUGAUAAAUCCAGUGGAAGAUAAUUUUGGAAGAAAUUUAUUAUCGAUUGAUGACGUCACAAGAAGUGUUCCAUUGGGAUGUGUUCCUGAGGUAAGCUGUUUUUUGAGAAAAAUUAAAAUAUUAUUUUCAAAAAAUACUUUUCUAGUUGAAUCCAGCUGGGGUGGAUUGCUCUAAAAAUCUUUGCUAUCACAUGAUGUACCGUACUCUCGAUGGAACUUGUAAUAACCUCGAAAAACCAAUGCAAGGUUCAGCAUUCCGCAGAUUUAUUCGACAUUUUCCACCACAAUAUGAUGAUGGAAAAGGCGAACCUGUUGGUGGGUUUGAGAGAAAAAAUCGAAAAAAAAUCUGGAAUUUUCAGCAUCGAUCAAUAAAACGAGACCAAGUGCUAGAGAAGCUAAUCGAGUUAUGCUAUCUUCUGCACAAUCUGUUGUUCAUGAUAAGGUGAGAGAAGGUUUUAGAAGGGUUGGAAAAAAACUACAUGUAAAAUUUAUUGAAAAAAUAUCACUGUUUCAAAAAAUGUAUAACCCUUUUAGAAAAUUCUAUUUUUCUAAUGGGAUGACCACGCUUUUUCUAUUAAUAGAAGACAGGAAAAAAUACUGUUUAAAAAUUUUUAUAUUGUUCAAAAUGUUACUAACGAAACCGUUAAACUCUGUCUCUAAUUUUUAAAACAAAAAUACUCUGAAAUUGUUCAAAAAAAAUUAACUGUUUCAAAAAUAUUAUCUCAAACAGAAACAAAAUCAGUGCAACAAACUUGAUUCAAACGAAUUAUUUCGAAAAACUUUUCUGUUUCAGAACUUUUAUUUCAGAAAGUUACUAUUUUUGAUGGUAAAUACAAAUUACAUAAAAAAUUUUAAAAUUCUGAACUUCAAAACAUCUUUUUAAAUUUAAAAUUAAAAAAGUGUGAUUUGCUUUCGGUGGUCAGAUUAAAAAUUAUCCAGAAGUUCAUACUGGUUCAAAAAAAUGUUGAAAAAAUUUUUGAAAAAAUUACUGUUUCAAAAAUUUUAUUUCAACCAGCAGAUGCCUAAUAAAAACAAUUUAUUCAACAAAAAAAAUCAUAUGAAAAAAUUCACUGUUUCAGAAAUUUUAUUUGAAUUUUUAAACACAUAACAGAUGAUUCAAUUAUAUCUUCAUGCUGCAUUUUCACAAUCAGUUCCAAGUUUCAAAAAAUAAUGUUUUUUUGCAGUUCAACAACAUGAUGAUGCAAUUCGGUCAAUUUUUAUCGCACGACAUGUCAAAAACCACUCUCCAACCAUCAGCAAAUUGUAAAACCUGUGAACCAGUCCCCUCAAAAUGUAUGCCAAUUCCAAUCGGCGAACGAGAUCCAAAUCUCGGUUUCCGCUCAAAACAAUGUCUAAAAGUGUCUCGAUCAGCUCCAAUUUGUCGAUCUGAACCAAGAGAACAAUUAAAUGAAAAUACAGCAUAUAUUGAUGCAAGUAUGAUUUAUGGAAGUUCACCAAAAGAUUUGCACAAAUUCCGAGAUGGUAGAACUGGAUUUUUGAGAACAAGUCGAUUUAAUAAUCAGAAUUUAUUGCCAUUUGAUCAAUCGAAAUGUUUGAAUAAGGAAAAAUGUACUGCUUCUUUUACAGCCGGAGAUAUUCGAGCUAAUUUAUUUAUUGGAUUGAGCUCUCUUCACACUAUUUUUGCACGCGAACAUAAUCGGUAUUUUUACUUUUGAAGAUAUAAAUAAUUCUUCGUUUUUCAGACUUGCACAAAAAUUAACAUCCCUAAAUCCAACUUGGUCUGGAGAUCGAGUUUUCCAAGAAGCUCGAAAAAUUGUAGGCGCUGAAAUUCAGAGUAUUUUAUAUAAGGAAUAUUUACCGAAACUGUUGGGAAAUUCAUUUGAAAAAGUUAUUGGAAAUUAUCAAGGAUAUGAUCCGAAUGUUGAUUCGACAAUUGCCAAUGAAUUUACAACUUCUGCUUUCCGAUUUGGUCAUGGAAUGAUUGAGGUGAGGAAAAAACAUAUGAGAUUUCUAGAAUGUUUUUUAACCAGUUCUCAAAAUCUACUCUGAACAUGAGUUAUGGCGUGGCAAAAUUCAGAUCCAAAAUUCAAAAUUUCCAAAUUCCAAAAUGUACUCAUAAAAAAUUUUCCCGGAGUUUUUUUCUGAAAUUCGAUUCGUUUUCAAUUAAAAAAAACAUCUAGUUCUCAUAAUAUACUUAUGUUAACUUUGAACAUGGUGACGUGGCAAAAUUUAAAACAAUUUGAUUUUGCUUUUUUUUCAUUUCAUCGAAUAUUGAGAACAAAAGCAUGGAAGAACUGAAAUUUCAAAACUCCAAAAUUUAUUCAUGAAAUUUCUGAAACAGUUAAAUUUUUCUCGAUAUUUUUUUGAAAACCGAUUUUUUUGAUACGAAAAAAACAUUUAAAUUUUUUUUAAUUUAAAGUUUUUUUUAUUUAAUUUUUUAGGACAGAUCGAAAUUUCAAAAUUCCAAAAUUUAUUCAUAGAAGUUUUGAAACAGUGAAAUAUUUUUCACAAAAACUUUUUAUUCCAGGAAUUCUACCGGCGAAUCGAUGUAUCUGGAAAUAACAUUACAGAUGGUGGAUUCUUUUUCGGAGAUGGUGUUUUCAAAUCCGGCAAAAUCCUGUUCGAAGGUGGAAUUGAUCCGAUUCUUCGUGGAUUUAUGAGCACUGCAGUCAAAAGACCACAUCGAAUGACACCUGCAAUCACCGAAAAAAUGUUUGGAUCAACAGAUUUGGGGUCAUUAAAUAUUCAAAGAGGAAGAGAUCAUGGAAUACCAUCUUAUGAUAAAAUGAGACAAUUUUGUGGUUUGCAAUCGGCAAAAACUUUUGACGAUUUUUCAGAUAUGAUUUUGGAUAAGAAUUUGAGAGCUGGAUUACAGAGAAAUUAUAAUGCUACAAGUAAGAAUUUCAAUUUUUACGUUUUAAAAAAAUUUUGACAUUCUCACAAGAGAGAAAGUUUGAGUUAUCAUUGGAUUUUGCUAAUAUUCCCACGUGGAUUUUGGCGCUAAAAUUUUAAUUUUAGUUUUUUACCCGGCAACUUUUGAUUUUUAAAAGGCCAGGUCUCUGUUUUGUAAAUCUCAACUUCCACCCCUUCUCCUCCUAAUAUUUUUCAUUUCAGACGAAGUCGAUUUCUACGUCGGUUCAAUGUUAGAAGAUCCAGUAGUCGGUGGUUUGGUUGGAACAACAUUGAGUUGUGUAAUUGGGGAACAAUUUAAACGAAGUCGAGAUGGCGACAGAUUCUAUUUUGAAAAUCCAGGAAUCUUUACACCAGAUCAAGUUGAACAAUUGAAAAAAGUAUCACUUUCUCGAAUUAUUUGUGAUAAUUCGGAUAGUUUUGAAUUGAUUUCACAGGUAAUUAAUAGUUUUUGAACUUCUUCUAACAUUUUUUCAGGACGCUUUCCUUCUACCUGGCUCUCAACUUAGCCCAUGUUCAAAUCUACCAGAAAUCGAUAUCUCAAAAUGGAGAGCUCUAUAA